GAUAUUCCCGUAUCGACUGUGUCGACAUAGCACACUCGAAUCUGGCGUGUUCUGACGAGUGACUUGGCUGUUUCGAGGAACAGUCAAGCGUCGAUGGAAAAUGGGUCAAAACCAAUCCGGUACUGGUGGUAGUGGAGGUGACAAGAAGGAUGACAAAGACAAAAAGAAGAAAUAUGAACCACCAAUUCCCACAAGAGUGGGUAAAAAGAAGAGGCGUACUAAAGGACCUGAUGCAGCUUUAAAACUGCCUCAAGUGACUCCUCAUACACGUUGUAGAUUAAAGCUUCUAAAAAUGGAGCGCAUAAAGGAUUAUCUGUUAAUGGAGGAAGAGUUUAUCAGGAACCAGGAACGCUUGAAGCCGCAAGAGGAAAAGAAUGAGGAAGAGAGAUCGAAAGUGGACGAUCUACGUGGAACACCGAUGUCUGUUGGGACAUUGGAAGAAAUAAUCGAUGAUAAUCAUGCAAUAGUGUCGACCUCGGUCGGCUCUGAGCAUUACGUGUCUAUCUUGUCAUUUGUAGACAAAGAUCAAUUAGAACCUGGUUGCUCUGUACUGUUAAAUCAUAAGGUUCAUGCAGUUGUUGGUGUCUUAGGAGAUGAUACGGAUCCUAUGGUUACAGUGAUGAAGUUGGAAAAGGCUCCUCAAGAAACUUAUACUGAUAUUGGAGGUCUUGACACUCAAAUUCAGGAAAUCAAGGAAUCUGUAGAGCUGCCAUUAACCCAUCCGGAAUAUUACGAGGAAAUGGGUAUUAAGCCUCCAAAGGGUGUGAUACUUUAUGGACCACCUGGCACUGGAAAGACACUGCUAGCCAAAGCUGUGGCCAAUCAGACAUCAGCUACAUUUUUGAGAGUUGUUGGUUCUGAAUUGAUACAAAAGUAUCUUGGGGAUGGUCCUAAGCUUGUGAGAGAACUCUUCCGAGUUGCCGAAGAGCAUGCCCCUUCCAUUGUCUUUAUAGACGAGAUUGAUGCAGUAGGAACAAAGAGAUACGAUAGCAAUAGCGGUGGUGAGAGGGAAAUUCAAAGAACCAUGUUGGAAUUACUUAAUCAACUUGACGGUUUUGACAGUAGAGGCGAUGUGAAAGUAGUUAUGGCUACCAAUAGAAUAGAAACCUUGGACCCUGCCUUAAUCAGACCCGGCCGUAUUGAUAGGAAAAUAGAAUUCCCACUACCAGAUGAGAAAACUAAAAGAAGAAUUUUCAAUAUUCACACGAGCAGAAUGACUUUGGCGCCUGACGUAAAUCUUGCAGAGUUAAUCAUGGCCAAGGACGAUCUUUCUGGUGCAGAUAUCAAGGCAAUAUGUACCGAAGCUGGUUUAAUGGCUUUACGUGAACGGCGUAUGAAAGUUACUAGCGACGAUUUCAAGAAAUCAAAGGAAAGCGUAUUGUAUCGGAAGAAGGAAGGAUCUCCUGAAGGAUUAUAUUUAUAAAAAAAUUCAUCAUUGUCUCUGUAUAACAAGUCACAUGCUUAUUCAAGUGGUAUAUCAAUAAAAAUUUCUAUUAAAAAAUUA